AUGAACCCCCACCACCCGGGCCACCCUGCCGCCUACCCCCAUCAUCCCUCGCUUUCGAGCAGUCCCCAUCAUUCGGGACCCGGUGGGGCCCACCAUGGGUAUUCAACCGGUGGCGGUGGGACGACAACGACCCCUGACCUCCCCAGUCCUCACUCGCCGCCACACGGGGCACCGUCGGACCCAGGCGCGCCGUACACCACCCUUUCCGGAAGUCAAGGAAUGGGAAGCAACGGACAUCAUCACGGAGGCGGAGGGAUGAUGCCCGAUCAUCCGCAUCAUCCGGGUCAUCUUCACCCACAUCAUCCAGGCCACCCUGCUUACCCCCCCGUUAACCACAAUAACAACUGCACGUUAAAGCAAGAGGGAGGUCCUGGUGGAUCCACAAGUGUCCAGCAGUGUGCAGGAUGCAAUGGUCGGAUAGUGGAAAGAUGGCUGUUACACGCGCUGGAUCGCUACUGGCAUAACAGCUGUCUCAAAUGUACCAUCUGUAACGCAGCAUUGGCGGACAUUGGUCAGUCGUGUUUCACCAAAGGCGGUAUGAUCCUCUGCAAGAACGAUUACACCAGAUUGUUCGGUAGCAGCGGCGCAUGCGCAGGCUGCGGACACACGAUACCAGCCAGUGAGCUCGUAAUGAGAGCAGGCGGAUCGGUAUUUCAUCUGAAAUGUUUUGUCUGCAGCAAAUGUGGGGCACAACUCAUGCAAGGAGACAGAUAUUGCCUACUGUCAGGGGCGCCGGUAUGCGAAACGGAUUGGCACAAGAUAGUGAAGUCGUCGGGCGUCGCGGCGGCGACGGCGACCGGAAACGGCGGUGCGCCAGUACGGAAGGGUAAAGUCGGACGUCCGAGAAGAAGCCGCGAAUGAGGGGGCAACCCGGUCGGUCGCCCGAAGAAGGUCCAACCCUCUCCUCAACCGACGCCCGUCGUCGCUGCGACAGUGGCGGCAUCUUUGCCGCCGCAGGUCGACGUCGUGGACGUCGGUGUUGGGGGGGAUCCCUAUUCGCCGCCUCCGCCGGGUAAUCAGCACUACCACCACCACCACCAUCAUCAUCAUCAUCAGAUGGGACUGGUUAAUCCUGGACUUCCUGGACACGCGCAUCACCCUACUUAUCAAGAAUGGACGCCCUGGGGUGACCCCUGUGACUGAGGUGGUUAAUGCCUUAGGGUGUGGAUGCAAGUUAGGGUCUCCACGGUUGUGUCCCUGCGGAUGAGCAGGACUCCUGGUGAUAAGAGAAUCGCGCGCUCUUGCCCGUUUCUUCUUGAAGAUGGUGCACGUGGGAUCUUCCCGAGGAUGCAGGGAAGUUAGCACCGACGGAGUAUAGCAGGUCGUCCCGAGCUGCACUUAGGUCUUUGUCGACUGGGUGGAUUCUGGAGUACCUGCGACCAUGGUAACAGGACGUGUCUUUGGAUCGAUCAUCGACGAAGAAUCCUGAUGAGGAUCUACAACCUGACCGAUUUCUGUAUAUAUGAGACAGGCUUGAUCGCCAGGAUACGGAGCGCGUGUCGAUAGACCAAUGACGUGUGUCGAAGCACGAGUGAUAACGCCAAGAGUAUGUAAGGUGAAGUGUUCUAAUCUGCUCUUAGGAAAAGUAAAAACCCAAAAUGAUGAUGGAUAUUAUAAAGCAGGAUAUUAAGGGAUGACGAUUCUAUCCCUGAAAUUAUGAACUUCUCAAGCGACACUGAAUAUUUAUAUUUAAAUGAUAAAAAGGGAAUUUACGGCUCGGCUCGCCAAUCUUACAUUGGAUCAUACUUCGCGUUUCCCACGUUAUCCAUAUGGAUGUACCUGUACAGGUCGUUUUAAGAUCAGCGAUCAUUGCUCAAGCGGAAAGACAGUACUUAUUUUGCUCACUACUUAAGUAAAGGAAGGUUACGUAAAAUAGUUAAAUUUUUCGUUCUCUCGUUAAUCUUUUUCUGGUUUAUUUUCUUUUUUUUUUUUUUGAUCUAAAAGUUAUGUUACCUUUGGGUCAUGCGAAUACAUGCACUAUUUUUCAUGUACUUAGAUGGACCACGGUGUACAUCAUUUUCAUGGGUUGAUACCGUUAACUUGUCAGGGUAGUUUACAUGGUUAUCGCCAGUACCGAUAGCUUUGGCGUAUAUUUAUUUUAUUUGGUCCUCAGUUUAUCCACCUUCGUAUUUCCAAAUAAAUUUACCCAUUUGAAACACCUCAAGACUAAACUGGAAACGAUUUACAGCGGUCCUGAUUGACUUUUAGAAAAUUAUUUUUCCUUCAGAAUUACCGACCUCUUUCCCGUCUAUUACUGUCCACCCCCUUCACCGAAUCAACCCCUCGUGUCCUGGGCCCCUUCCUCCAAGUAGUAACGUCCCUUCUACAGUCAGAGCUACCGCUACGAGCAAAUUCAACGUGCUAAGUUCGUUAAGCGCUCCUUGUUUUCGCGACGGGGAUGGUUAAUUAUCAAUUCUUCUUCUUUUUCUCUUUCUCCCUCUCAACCGCCCACUCGCCAAAUCAUCCCCAAAGAUCUCACACCCAGGUAAACCUAACGAGUCGCUCGACGAAAAUUACGAGACCCAUUUCGAUUUUCCAAAUUUUCAUAACGAAUUUGACCCAAGUGUGCAGUGUGAGUGCACCUGCAGGAUUUUGCCGUGCAAGCAAUAAACGGUGUGGCAAUACGUGGGAAAGCCCAAAAUAGAUGCAAGUGAGAUGACGUCUUGUCUUAAAGCGCAGGGGAAAUUAUUUUUUGAAAUACGAAUGGACUAUGUUAAGAAUUUUGAAAAUGAUGAGUUUGAAAUUUUUUACUUUUUUUUUUGUUUGAGUACUUUUGACAGCGCCCAAGGAUAUAAGGUUCGAAAUUGGGUCUGAUAUAAAAAAAAAUAAUAAUAAAAGAUACUUCACAUAGCAUCUUUCCAUGACAUCAGUAAGACUUUUGUGAACUUUUGUGAAAUUUCCCAAAAAAAAUUUCUCAUUCUUGAACGUUAACAAUCGAGAUUUAUAAUAACGAAUAACACAAGAAAGGGUGUACAGUACAGUGCAUAAAUAUCGAUAAUGUAUUGGCACGCAACGUACGUAGUAUCCUAUAGAAUUGGGACUUGACCAGAAUUUUCGCGUUGCACUGUACAUACACGAAAAAUUGAGACAAGGAGGUAGUGUUUCUAUGUACAAAAAGAAAGAGAGAGUGAGAGAGAGAGAAAUGUAGAGAAAGAAAAAAGUAUCAAGAAACAUAGAGAAAUGACGAAAGAAAAAAAAUCAUACCGACAUGAAUAAAUCAACGGGCGUAUCGCAUUCUGAAAAAAAAAAAAAAAAAAAAAAAUUGGAAAAAAAGUCAAAGAGAGAGAGAGUGAAUAAAAAAAUGGUAGCUUCUUAAAUAACGUCGAAACACUUUUUAAAGUGACAGGGUUUUGAGCAUCUGCAAUAAAUGUAACAUAAAUGUAUAAUCUUAAUACGUCACGAUAUAGUAUCUACCGUACUUGGUAUCGAUGUCGUUAUCAUCAUUCGUGAUUCUAAUUAAACAGAAAAAUUAAUUCCGAAUGACAGAUUGAUAUUUACGUAAUUCUCUAAAAAUAAGAUGAAUAUAGAAGAUGAAAAAAACAAAAAACAUUAUAUUCGCACCCAUUGUCAGUCUAACUAAUUAAUGUAUUAACAACGGAUAACGACAUCGAGCCAAGUUUUUCGAAGCUCAAUAAAAAAAAAAAAAAAUCUUGGAUGUAAACUGUAUCAUACAACUGAUCGUUAUUCAUUUUACUCGUUCAAUUGCUUUUACUUAGUGAACUUUUGUCUCACCACCACAGACCACCCACCCUCUACAUAAUUAAGAAAUGAAGUCGAUGGUACAAGGAUUUGAAUAAUUAAUUGAGUAUAAAACAAAAAAGCGAGAGAGAGAGAGAGAGAGAGAGAGAGAGAGAGAGAGAGAGAGAGAGAGAGAGGAUAAAUUCUCGUCGGUGCGUAAAUGCGAUUAUCGAACGACCUCGCUAAUUAAGAUAUAUAUUAUUAUUAUAUAUAUAUAUAUAUAAAAUAAAUAUACAAAUAAAAAAAAAAGCAGAGAAAGUCGUUCGCGUAAUUCGACGACCGACUAGAAUUUUUCAUUGGGCGACUAUCGAGAACAUUGUCUCAGAUACGAUUCGAACGAGUCGUGGAAGGAUGUAAUUUAAAACCUGUACAUAGGUACAUUUUGUAUAUUGUUAAAAUUUGUGUGAUAUAAAUGGUUAUUUACUAUUAACAUUGAUGAUGCUCGGUUGCGCGCGCAUCCAUGACUGUCCGGGACAGUCGCGGAUGGGCGGGACGUUUGAACGAGGUUGUAAAACACGAUGAGAAUCGCCGGGAGGAACUUCUUCUUUUGUUUUUGGACGUCUUCCUCCAGAUACGGGACACCUCCAUUUAUAUCCGGAGUGGCGCUUCGAUCGCGCAGCGAUACUCCGGUUAUGAUUAUUUAUAGGGCAUCUCUCGGCGAUAUUGGCCGGUUAUGUAAUGCCGGCGAGACACGGCAGAUGGCGUCCGGUUCUUUCAGUAUGGCCGACGCGAAGCGUCUGUGUUAACGUUCACGUUUACGUUUGACCCGGCGAAAACGACGGCGAUUCCCUCGCGUUUAGUUAAUUUUGUUAUUUGAUUUAUCUCGAUUUCUAAGCCGGGAUCGGUGCCGCCUCUAUUCGGCCUCGGCCUCUUGUAAUAUACUGCGACACACACGGGACACGUAUACACUACACGUGACACGCGGAACAGUUACACACGUACACACACGUUUAUUAAUUAAUAAAAAAAAAAUACAAGUUUUU